ACAAGGGAGGAGGCAGGUCGUGAACGGCAAUGCGCGCUCACGAUAAACUCGCCUGACGCCUUCAUACGGGAACUACUACGAACUCGCUCUCCAACAUGGCGGCGUCAGCUAAGAAGAAGAAUAAGAAGGGGAAGACCCUCACUCUGACUGACUUCCUGGCAGAGGACAGUGGAGGCAGCGGUCCAGCCCCCAGCUACCCAACCAAGUCCACUAGCUGGGCUGAUGAGACUGAUGACCUGGAUGGAGAUGUCUCGACUUCGUGGCACACGGAGGAGGAUACAUACCGGGCGCCGCCGAUUGACCGCUCCAUCCUGCCCACAGCACCCCGCUCAGCCCGUGAACCCAAUAUCGACCGGUCCCGACUGCCCCGCAGCCCGCCUUACACGGCCUUCCUGGGCAACCUGCCCUAUGAUGUCACUGAGGAAUCGAUCAAAGACUUCUUCCGCGGCUUGGCAAUCAGUGCAGUGCGUCUGCCUCGAGAGCCCAGUAACCCAGAGAGGCUGAAGGGCUUUGGUUAUGCUGAAUUUGACGAUGUGGAAUCCCUCCUGAGGGCUUUAAGUCUCAAUGAGGAGAAUCUGGGCAACCGAAGGAUCCGUGUGGAUAUUGCAGACCAGUCUAAUGAUAAAGAGAGAGAUGGUGGACUCAUGGGAGGCCGUGACAGGGGUGGACGGAUGGCAGACAUGGGCCCUGACAAGACAGACAGCGACUGGAGGGCUCGGCCCAGUGCAGACGCUGAUGAUGGACCUCCCAGAAGAGAUGAUGCCUUUGGAGAGAGAUCUCGAGACCGUUAUGAGUCAGAUCGUUACAGAGAUGGUCCACGGCGGGACAAUGACCGUUAUGACGGUGGAAGAGACCGCUACCGGGAUCGCUAUGAUGACAGAGACCGCAGAGACUACGAUAGAGGAGGUUUUGACUCUCGUGGUGGAGGAGGUCGUCGUGCCUUUGGCAGCGGCUUCCGCCGUGAUUACGAUGACAGUCGGGGUAGCAAUGACCGUUAUGGUGACAGGGAUCGUUAUGGCGACCGUGACGGUGACCGGUAUGAACGGCGCGAUGACAGGCGUGAGGAGAGAGCUCCCCAGCAGAGACCCAAGUUGAACCUGAAGCCCCGUAGCGUGCCCAAGGAGGAAGAAGGUAGUGGUGGUGGUGGUGGUUCUUCCGCAGGUGCAGCUCCGACCUCCGGCAGCAGGGCCUCAUCCAUCUUUGGUGGUGCUAAGCCAGUUGACACAGCAGCCAAGGAGAGGGAGGUAGAGGAGAGGCUGAAGAAAGAGGAAGAGAGGCUGCAGAGGCAACUGGAGGAAGACAAGGGUCGAGGACCCGACAGAAAGAUGCGAGACAGGGACCCAAGCUGGCGCAAUGAGGAAUCUCAUACUGAGCGAUCUCGCACAGGAAGUGAGUCUUCACAGCAAGGAAGCACUUCUGGAAGAGCUUCACGGUGUCGAGAUAGCGAGCGCUCUGGGGAGAAUGAGGUUUUCAGUGGGAGAGAAGAUGAACCCUCAUCCCCUGGGGCCUCCCCACGGCCUCCCUCCUCCAAGGAGCCGCUGAAGGUGAUGCCUGCGCCUCCUCCCAAGGAGAACGCCUGGGCCAAGAGAAGUGCGGUCAGCACAAGCUCUAGCGAGGGUGAUAGGCGACCCCCAGUCUCCCCCGUCUCCCCAAGUGGUUCAGCUCCUCCUAAGCUCAGCUCCUCAAGUUCUGCAGAUGAAAGAGGAUCUGGAAAGGAUGAGAACAAGGCUGACGGUGUGCGUCGGGACCGGGGGCCCCCACGGGCAAGAGGGGGGCCUGCAGGGCCUGGAGCAGGGCGGGGCCGAGGAGAGGGUCCCAACAGAGACCGAAGAAAGGAGGCAGACAGAAAGGAUAACAGAAGAGACCGAGACUCCAGACCACCACCAGAGCCAAAGAAAUACGAAGAAACCCCAACCCCCAAGUUCAGCUCAGCCAGUAAAUACGCCGCUUUGCUAAUGGAUGGAGACCAAGGAGACGACGCUGAGGAUGUCGAAUAGAAAGAAAAUAACAAGAAAAGGCCCAAGAGCGCAAGAAGAGGAGAAAAAUGAUGAACGCAGAAAAAAAUAAUCUCACAUACAUAGCUUAUGAAAAAUCUCCUCACAUGGAAGAGGCUCCUGGGAGGACAUCACUCCCACCCUCCCUCCUUUCCUUCUUCAAACCUGUCCUUUACUUUCAAACUUCCCACCCAUCCUCCUUCCCCUGCCCCACCUUCAGGACUUUUCAGGUUCUAAAGAAUAAUAGUCACAUACUGGACUUGUUUUAAAUGGAAAAAAGGAGUAGCUGACACAUGGAAAAGUGAUGAUAACAUUGAAUUAAUUGUAAUAAAUAAAUGGAAAAAGUGAGGAAAAAAAAUGAAUUUGUAUAUUUGUGCAUCACAGUUGUGGUAAGAUUGGAUCUGAUGACAGAAGAUGUACUUACUAAAUUUUAUCAAUCUUUGACUUAUUAACUUGCAUAAUUAAUAGUUAAAAUACACCAUGUCAAUUCAUUAUAAGCCAUUUUAUUAGUAAUUUUAUAAUACCAAUUCUUAAGCAAAUUUGUUCUUUAAAAAUUGGUCAAGAAUCCUGUCUUCCAGUACUAGUCACAGAUGCUGAAACUGGGUACUGAUUUAAAAACAUUUUUCCAUCAUGUAUGCACCAUUCAACAAAUCAUUGAUUGAAUUUGUUCUGAACUGGACUGAGUAUUACUAUAUUACAUCCAGUGACUGUAAUUCAUACGAGGUACAGUGUUGCAGGAGAGACUUGUAUGUCAAAGAGAAAUGCAGCCGUCACAUGAUUCUCACUCUUGAGAAUCAAUCAAGUGCCAUUACUGUUAUUCCCAAUCAUUGUAUAGAUGUCUCUCUAUUUCCACACCUUCUGAUGAAAUAAUCAUAUCAAUUAAAGGCUCAUAUGGUCUCAUUUCCAGCCAUCCUAAGAGUCUCCACAGCUGUCUAAAUCAUUCACUCUUCCUGAAGGGAGGAAUACAAAUAUUUGGGGAAAGUCUGGAGUUGCUAAUGGUAGGUUGUGAAGAUUUUCAUGACAUAAGAAUUUGUCUUCCAAUUUGCAAUAAAUUGGGGUCAUUAUGUA